CUUUGACGUUCAAGCGUCAGUUGCUGUGUUGUGUUUUAGUUGUUAGGGUAUGGGCGUGGACAAAUUCGUAAUUCCAAAAAUGCGCUUUAAACUUAUGUUUAUGUUGUCCAUAGUGCUUUUGCAUGUAGCAUUGAUUUCAGCCAAUUGUACAAUUCCACCCGUUAUUCAAGAUUCAUGGUUUUCUUGGGAAAAUGGGAAGAGUACCAUUACGGAGAUCAACGGAGAUUCAAUGUCGAGGAAGGGGCGCUGCCUCGCAAUGAAAGAAGAAUACCAUGUCAACUACACGUUUGUUUUCAAGGAAGAUACGUUAACUUGUUAUAAUUGUGUGAAGCUCAUUGUACGGACAGUGAACGUUCUAGAGAAAAUAGAGACACCCUGUGUCACAAUUGGAGCAAAUGAAGAACCAACAGUUGAGAGAGUUUGCAGAGGUUUACAUUCAGAUCAACAACUGAUAACACUUUUCUCAGAAAAUUAUGUGCCUGUUAAUUGUCGGUCCAGUUUAGAAGGAGUGUGGCAGUUUGCAUACCAGAAUCGCUUUCGUUUCACUGGAGAAUGCGAUCAUCCAGAUGCUCAGAUUCGUUCCUGUCAAACUGCUGGAACACAGUUUCUCAUCACAAAUCAGAAAUUUAAUAUAACUUAUAAGAAAUGUCCCGGCAUGGAACAGACUUUUGAUGGAGUUGUUGAGUACAGUUGUUUAGGUGACUGGUUUGUGGACAAAAACCACUUCUUUGCAGUGGCUAAUACCAAAGAAUCCAGGAAAGAUGAGAAGUACAGGUGUUUCCUAAAAAAUAGGGAUGAUGAUCUAUAUAUUGGUGUGUCAAUUACAGCGGAGUGUAACACUCUGAAGACAGUGGAGAAGAGUCCAGAGAGACUCCGUGUUACAGCAGUGAAGGCUGAAGUGGUGGAACCAGGGUGCAGACUACCUCAGAAUUUCUCUGGUGAAUGGAUAAAUACUGCGAAUAUAGAUGCAGACAUAAUGAUUAAUGAAACUCAUAUUGUAGAAACUUGGUUUCCGGAUGAGGGAAGAUUUCGGCGUACAAUAUAUACUUGCCGUGAACAGAGGGGCACUCGUUACAUGAUGGCGAGGCUCACUGUUGAUGGCUGUCAGAAAGAUUAUGUGUGUUUUGAUUUUGUGCCCCAGCACCAUAAUAUCAUCAGAUAUCGCCGUGGUAUAGCAGUUAUAAAAGAUGAUUUCCAUACAGUCUGUUCUUGGGUUCAGUUCAAAAAUAAGGAAGCCUGGAAAUAUGAUCUUUAUUUAUCAAAGAGACCAGUACCUGUUCAGUGUCCUGUGGCAGGAAAAUUUAAUUUCACACAGCGUGGGGAUGUUCCAUUCGAAACCCGUAUUCUUGGAGGUGUUACACUGUCACCAAGACCUAAUAUCUAUUGCAAACAGAAUAUAUCAGACUUCUCUGUGUGUGACAUUGAACAGAAAGAAAUUGCAAUUGAUGAAACUUACUGCCUUAGUGUGGAUCAUUUGGGAAGACCUGUUGAUAUAUACAGUGACCCUGAUUACAAGAUGAAAUGUAUUGGAUUCUGGAAAGAGAAUCUGAAAUCAUAUCUUAUAACAUAUGAUGAACUGGAUCCGUACAGCAAGUAUCGUUGUUGGGUAUACCAAAGAGCUGACCUUAACAGAGUUCUGAUGUCCCAAGCAAUAGGUCCUUACUGUGACUUGAAGCAGGAUGUUACUAGUUGGAACUUCACCGAAGGUGCAGCAGUGGCUUUAGAGAUGCAAGAAUAUGAAAGAGAACGUGAUCAGUGUCCAAUGCACUUCGACGAUGGUAGCAACCCCUGGUGGAAGAGAGACAACCACAUUCAUAUUUUUAGGUUUGGCAACCAUGCAUAUUCACUACAGAAUGAGAUUAUUUGCAUAUUAAUGGGUCUUUUAUGUUCAUUAAUCAGGCUAAGGAUGAUUCUUUGACUGCCGUAAAUGUUGAGUGUUCUUGUUGGACCUGUUUGCAGGAAGGAUGUGGUAGAUUUUCUGCUCAUGGGCAUGUUGUUCUUUUUUAGCCGAUAAUGUGACAUAUUUUGUAUUUGAUUAAACGUGUCCUGUGAAAAUAUCAGUUUUUACAUAUUUAUGACAGAUGAAAUGUUUUUAUAUUGAGACAUGUUACGCUUAGAAGUGGUUUUUACUUAAUUAAUCUAUACAGUAACAUAAAAGCCAUGGACAACUUUGUAACAGUUAAAGCCUGUUGUUUAUUAAGUGAUCUUGUUUGCAAUUUGGUCCCAAAACAGAAACUGUGUAUCUAGUUGCUGUUAAAGGUGAAAUGCUAUGCAGAGGGGGAGUCAUUGUCUGCAGAGGGGGAGUCAUUAUCACUUAUAUCAUCUUUUGUAAUUGCAUUUUGAUGAAAAGAUACACUUAUCAUCACUGCUGUUUUAAUAGUAAGUGGUUAGAUUUAUGUUUGCAAGAGAAGUCAUGUACUGAUUCUCUCCGUAAUGUGAGUUUCUUAUUUGCAUGUAAUAUUUCCACAUAAUGUGGACACAAGCAAUUCAAAGUAUGAAAAAAUUAUUUUGCCAAGUGAUAGUAUACAGAUGACAAUUUUUUUCUGUACUUUAAAUAUUCACAGAUUCUUAUGCACCAUAAUAUUAAUGCAGUAAUGGUCUUAAAAUGUACGGCAUACAACAAAGUAUACAGAUGACAAUUUUUUUCUGUACUUUAAAUAUUCACAGAUUCUUAUGCACCAUAAUAUUAAUGCAGUAAUGGUCUUAAAAUGUACAGCAUACAACAAGGCAGAGAAGGUCUGUGAGACUUUCCUUAUAAAAAAAUCUGUAAAUACAUGAAAUGAGGCCAAAGUCUCCCUAAAUCGUGUGUCAUCAGUUCUCUUGUACUGUGUUAUCAUGGAUAUGUUUGUUUCUGCAACAUUUUGUCUCACACGUAGCAUAUUUGCCAGCUGUUUCUGUAAAAAAAUUUCAGUAGAAACAUUGAUGUAUCAUCUCAAGUAUGACUUUUCACAUUCUUUCCAAAUUUCUGUGCAAAGAGUAAAGUAUUCCUUUAAAAAAAGGCAGGAGAAAAAGAAUGAAAGUUACUUCAACAUGUAUGUAAAUAAAAAGGGCUGUCCUUGUUACCUGUGUACUUCCAGAUUUUCCAAGAUGUGUUGGUACACAAAUGUAACAACAACAGAAAAUUCUUGAUUAUUCAUUAAAGGCCACGGAAGUGAACUGAUUGUGACUGUUAUAGGUAUUCUUGAGGAAGCAAAUUUAGCAUAUGUAAAUCAAAUUUAAGUUGUGUAAUUCCUCAUAUGGAUAAAAGUACAACAACCUAUACUAGAUUUGUUUUCCCCCCACCCCUUCCUCCAAUUCUGUCAUACGUCAGAUCAGCUUUAUACUGGAUCAUGUUGAUGCAGUGUCCACAGUGUGCAAUUGCUAAGAAGCAACCAUCAAGAUCAUUUUUGUAUGAUAAAAACAUGCUCAUCAUGCAUCUCAUGCCAUAGUUGAUUUAAUGCCAUGCCCCUGCUCCACUCAUCCCUUCUUUUCAACCAAUUCUAAUGUUUGCAUGCAUUUUCAGUAAUAUGUGGACUUAAUUUUAAAUCAUAGAAUUGAAACUAAACUUUAAUAUGAUUUCAGUGCUGCUCACUGACAAUUGUAACUACAUGUCUUUAUCAUUCUGAAGUAAUUUACCCAAAGCAUAAAAUUUUCCUUAAGUUAAUUAAAGGUUUUUAACCACACUAAUCCAAAUGCCACAGUUUUAAACAUUCAGAUUAAAAAUUAGUACCUUGUCCCCCAGGGAAAAUUACCUGAACUGGAGAUAAUUACUUCCUCCUUCACACAAUACUUCCAGUAAAAGGAGAGUGACCUUUGCAGCUACUUUUCAUCCUUUAAAUAGUUUGAAUAUGAAUACUUAUCUUAAGCAGUAUGAAUCUAGAACUAAUGUAAAAGAGUCCCAUGUGUAAACUGACAUGAACUUAAUUAUCUAUAUGACAAUGAAUCUCAUUAUUCAAAUCUUCCUUAGGAGUUGAGGGUUAAGGAGACAUGCCUAGAAGUCAUUGGUUUUGAAUAGGGUUAUCACUCCACUGGUGCAUUUUAAUCACCAGUGUUUCGGAGAAAUUAACCUGAACUUUCACAUCAGGUUCAUGAUACUGAUUAAAUUUAAUUAACGCGUUGACUGUUAGGAGGAUGAUGGCCGCCACAGCAGUCUUGUGCCUAAUGUCGUGUCAUUGCAGUGCAUUGCAUUGUGCAUGCAGCAGUCAACAAGUUUAACAACGCUGCCUUUAAAAUAAAGGAGGGUUGUGGAGACAUGCUGUAGUCAUUGUUCUUAAAUAAGGUUAUCACCCAAAUGGUUUAUUUUAAUUACCAGUGUUUCAGAGUAAUGAACUGGAAUGUCCACAGUAGGUAUUAAUUAAACAUACUUAAAUAAUCCUGCCUUUUGUAGUCCACAAUUAUACACACAUCAGUUAAUGUUUAUACAAUUAUAAUAUGAAUAUGGUAUUUACCCAGUACUGUGGGGGGCACAACCUUCUUAAACAUUCAGCCAGUAAAAUUGAAUCAUGUGUGUUAUACUGCUACCACAGUUUGAAUACAAGAAAUGCUUUAGGCAGUACAGUGUUGUUAUAAGUAAAAUUCUGCUUUUAAAAUGGAAAAAUAGCAGUGGAAAUGCUAUUUAAGAAAAUUAAUACAAGGUUUAAAGUUUGUGAGAAUUGUGUACCUGUUGCUGUCUACACAAGUUCCUUAGUUUUUCUCAAGGUUAGCAAAGUAAACGUAGAUCACACAUAUUUAUAGUGUGUAAUGUGUCUGAAUUUUGACAGUAGCCUCAGUUCAUGAAAUUUGUACUUAAUUAUUUGCUGUCGGUUGCUGGUAAGACCUAUUUAAAUGUGCAUUGGAAUAUUGUGCCUGAUAUUUUUUUUAACUUUUUGACAGUGAAAUCAAUUAAAUAUGUGUUUCUUGUAUCAUAAGCAAUAGUUAAGUCAUAUUGUUACCAUUUAAUACUAUCGUGGGAUGUGUUAUGCAUCAUUAGGAACAUAAUUUAUAAUGAAUUUGUGAUUGGCAGUAUUGAGUUUUAAGAUUUCAAAAAAUAUGAGGAUGAUGAAAAUAAAAAAGCAAUAACUAUGUGUUCCAUCAAUCUCAGAAAUGUUUGUGAUAAAUACAGAGCUGCAUAGAUAUUUCCAUGUCCCAUUAAAUGUAUUUGCAAUAUCAUGAAAUGCUGUGGAACAUGUCAGUUGAUUUAGGAAAAGACACAUUUUUCAGUGACUGUUUGGUUGCAUGAUGACCAUUUAUGAGUACAUGAGUAAAUUAUAUUUAUAUCUACAUUAAAUAUAAUUUAGUGAGGGUAUAAACCAGUAAUAGCUGAUUUUUAAGUUCCAUUAAUUACUUUAGCCAUUUGCCAUGUUAUGUAUAUUUCUUAAUGCUAUCUUUAUCUGUAUAUAAAAUAUUAUAUUUUUCUUUGAUGUUUGAACUCCCCUCCCCCCCCCCCC